UUUUCGGUAAAAACGAGGCUAGGCUAAGCGCGUUUAACGUCUCCUGCCAUCGGGUAGCCUCAAACCACGCCAUCGAUGCAACGCGCCAUCGAUGGGCAGCCAUGAGGCUCGUCCUCUGCUGCGCCGUGGUCGGAGCGGUAAGGCGUCGCGCCGACUGCACGCCGGCGACGUGCGUCGGCGACGACGACACGAACUAUGACCGGGACUUCUUCGGCGACGCGCGCGUCGUGCGCUCGUUCGACGACGAGCGCCGGUAUCUGACGGUCGUCGGCCUCGGCGCGUCCGGGCUCGCGCUCGCGGCGCGGCGCGGUGCGGCGCCGUCGGCCGACGGGCCCGGCACGUACGUCCACGUCGAGACGGGCUGCGACGAUGCGUUCGCGUGCACCGACGCGAAGACGACGCUGUUCCGGGGCCGGUCGGCGGCUCAUAACCUGGCGCUCUGGAGAGACGCGGAUGGCCUCUACGCCCUGGGCGGCCUCGGGAACGCGAAGCAGGGCCUGGAGUUGAGGGGGCCCGUCGCGCCCACGCCCGAGGGCCUCGCGAGCCUCGGGCGCGCCCCGACCAAGGCCACGCUCUUGGGGUCGCACGCCUCGUGCGUAGAUCGGCGGCCGCGGACGGGCACGUUCUGCGAAUUCGACGGGCGCGUGUCGAUGGUGCGCGUCUCCGACAGGGUCGUGGCCUACGCGCGGUCGAAUCUGAUCCGCAACAGGACCCGCGACGGCGGCUUCGGCGGGCGGCACGUCCAGGCGGCGAUCUUGGAAAGUUCUGCGACGUUCGGACCCUUCGCCUCGAUCAACAUCGCGGCCUACGCAACGUGCGUCGAGCCGGGCGACAACAUUUAUUACGCGGCGGUGACCGCGAACCCCGUCGACCCGUCGACGGCGCUGGGCCUCUUCCCCGUCGUCCACAACGCGCCCGGGGGGGACGACGCCUUCGUCGGCCUCGCGCUGACUUGCGACGGCGUCGCCUUCUCGCCCCUGAAACGGCUGCUCAACUCGACGCCGAGUUCGUUGGGCCGGUCCACGGACCACCCGGUCCUCGGCCUCGUUUCCAGGAAUGACAAGGUCUUCUUCUACGUGCAUCGCGGCGUGCACGGGGUCUUUGACGACGAUAAGGAGAUGGAACGACUGCCGCCGUCGCGCGUCGUGCGCUACGCCGUCUCCCUCGAUAGGCUUCGAGCGUACACGGCGUCGACGAAAGCCGCCCUGCCGACGUGCCUCCACAAAAAAAGGACGCAGUCCAUCGACCCGCACGAGUGCUGGCUCGAGUGCGCGCAAAAAACCAGAGACCGCGGCCAGAACUGGAACGAUGCCAUCGUGGACGCCUGCGUCGCCGCCUGCGAGCGGCGGUCGCCCUCGACCUGCGAUAAAAGGGUGCGUCUAUUUGGAGUCGGGGCGAAGAAGACGGGCACGACGUCAUUAAGUGCGGUCUGCCGCCUGUUGGGGCUGCGCGAGAUGGGGCUCCGGGCCAAGGCCCGAGUUUUAGAUGAGAAGCUUCACGUACGCGCCUUGCGGGGCGACCCUCAACCAUUCAUAGACGCUCUUUCUCCCUACGAGUGCUUCCAGGAUUCGCCCUUCACGGACCCCGAGCUCAUCCCGGUCAUCGCAAGGCAUUUCCCGGACGCCAAAUUUGUCCUUACGACGCGAUCGCCCGACGUCUGGGCGGCGUCUUCGUUACGAUGGACGCAGCUCCGGAGCCGCGCCUACGCGCCGUACGCCGACCACUUCUGGGCGGCUAUGGGCUUCCGCGGGACGCCUUCUCGCGACGAGGCCGCGGGUUUACUCGCGAAGCACGAUGCUCGUGUGAGAGCAUUGACCGACGUCCUUGAGCUGGACUUCUCUACCGAAAAGUCGGAGACGUUCUGGCCGAAGGUCUGCGCCUUCGUCCAUGCUUCGAGGUGUCCCUUGGAUCAACCGGUCCCGCGCGUCGUCCCCAAGGGGGGCGCGCGCGACGGCCAGCCCAGUUAAAAAACAUGUUGC